CUUUAGCAAAGUGACGAGCAUGGUACUGCUAAAGGCACUGUUAAAAAAUCUCGUAUUACGGAAAAUACAACUCAUCAAUGGCAUUAUGGCUACGAGUGACUACUUGCGGAAAAUAAGGAAAAUAGCCAGCAAUGUGCUAGCCCUACAUGAUGAAGUAACACAGGCUUUGCAAGAUGGGAUGCUCACGCUGCAACCAAACGGCAAAUACCUGUGUGUCUGCAAAUCAGAAAUCAUGAGAUCUUCUAUAAAGAAACACCUUGCUUCUGAUAAACACAAGAACCACUUCGAGACAAAAUGGAUUGUGCUAGCCACACUACCUCUCUCUCUCUUACUUUUUAUUUUUCCUCUUUCUGUCUCGCUUUCUUUUCUUUCUUUCUUUUUUAUGGAUUCAUUUACUUACUCUAUCUCUAUCUCUUUCGCCCUUCCCCUUCCUCAAAGUGUGAAGUUGCACAGGCUUUGCAUGAUGGGACGCUCACGCUGCAGCCAAACGGCAAAUACCUAUGCGUAUGCAAAUAAAAAAUCUUGAAAUCUUCCAUAAAGCAUCACUUUGCUUCUGAUAAACACAAGAUGGCUACACAGAAGCUUCUCGAAGAGACAGAAAGGAAUGAAACACUGAUUACAGCCUACGCCAUAACGUCAGACGAGCCAGGGCAUGUUUACGUGUUUAACUACGACUUCAAAGGUGACAAGAUGGAACGCCUCGGAGCCAAUGAGGACUCGAACAACCUGCUGGAGACCUUCACUCGCAUGGGCUACGAGGUCUCCCUGCUCGAGAACCUCAGCGCGCAGAAGACGAUGGCGGAGGUAGACCGCAUUAGGAGCGACCCGGCCCUCGCCAACGUCGACGUCCUCGUCAUGGUUUUCCUCAGCCACGACAUAGGGUCUUUCAAAUUCAUGGCUGGGGACAUGACGAAGCUUGACCUCCGACAAAUCCGCAGGAAGUUCACAGACUCACUAUGUCCCAACUUGGAAGGAAAGCCGAAAAUUUUCUUCGCGAAUUUCUGCCGCAAAAAUGGCCUCCAUAUACAGACGGACGGCGUCAAGCCCACAAGGGAUAUGGUGACCAUCCACGCGGCCCAAGACGGGCUCUCAGCGGUGCGCAACCCUUGCAAUGGCAACCUUUUCGUUUGGGCUCUGUGCUCUGUGCUGGAGAAACACGCAGCCGACAAAAAUCUGCGGGAUAUCUACUUUGAGCUUGAAAAGAAAAUGACGAAAUCGAAGAGGACUGUGCCUCACUGGGAGGACGAUGUUUUCCGAGAUUUCUAUUUCACGCAAAAGGCAUUUAACAAGGCUAGAGCAAGAAUCCCAUCGAAUAUAAAUAACGGGAAUUGUUAUUUGAUCUGCACACUGCAUACUACUACUAAUAGUCACUAUUACUAUUACAUUAUAUAAAGUUUAUGCUUAGACUUUUUCAGGGUUAACGCCAUUCGUGCGGAUUAGAUACACUCUCAGUCCAGCAAGAAAACUUGAACAACCGAACUCCUGCUUUAAACGGUUACAGCGUUGUAAGCUCUAUUAAGCGUCAAGCCUGAAAAAAACUCUAAAAAUAAAAAUAAAGGGAUAAUGGAAAAGUUUUAAGAGAUUAUGUUUUACAGUUGAACAUAUAAGACGGAUAUUGGAACGCGGCAGGUCCUAUUGUAUGGGUUUGGGUGUAAAUUAAUUGAUUGUAUUGGUUUAUUUAUCCUUUUAUUAUAUGUUUUAAAAGUCUGUUCGCAUUCAAAGUUGUGCUUAAAUUGAGUUCAAUUUGUGAAUCAUUAUUGGUUUAAUAGUAUAUAUGACCAAGUGUCCACAGUCGCUACGUUUCACAUUGUUUUAUAGAAGUUAUGGAUGAUCAUAUAGAAAUUGUUUUUCAUCAGUUAUAGGAUAUAAAGGAAGAAUCAGCAAGAUAUGUUUUUUUUAUUAUUUUUUUUUCCCUCCAGAAUCCACUGAAAUAUUCGUUUAGUAAACAAUUUCCAACAAAAAAGGACGAGGCCGCAGCGAUAAUGCAGAUAAUGAUAAUGAUUAUCAUUAUUUCUAGCACCAGUGUCAGUGACAUUGUCACUAUCAUUAUUAUUGUUAUUGUUGUUAUGAUGAUGAUGCCACUGUUAUGUCACUGUGGUGGUGUCACUGAUAUUAUGUCAUUGUCAGUAAAUAAUGUGUGACAUACAGUAAGAAAUCCAAAUUUUCCUUAAAGUGAUUUAUUCAUUCAAAAUUGUGGAAAACUCCGUAUAUGACAAUCAUGAUUGCAGCAUAAAAAAAGUAUGGAGUGGUUACCUUGACGAAAACCACGACACUUUUCAUCUAUGGCAAAAGGUGCACAAAUCGAAAAUAAAGGAGAUACAGGACAGAGAAGACAAGAUCGUCCCCUUCUAUGCGUACCUUGCAAGGACCCAAACAAAUGUGACGCGUUACUCAUUAUUGCGAUCUUUCAAUGAGUCCAUGUUUGUGAGAACGAUUAUUUUGUAAGUACCAGCGGCUGUUUUUUUUCCGGAUACAUGUAUGUAAUGCAUUUUUUGUUUUUGUUUUAUUAUACUUCCUUUACAUGCUUUGGUAAUUAUUUACGCUAUUCUGUACAAUGAGUUUGUGCGAAGCGCAGAUUUUGCGACGAUUCCGGGUCAUUUUUAAAGCCAUAUGGUGCAUAUGUAGAACAAAUAGACAUUAGUCUCUAUCACGUCCUGAUAUUUUAGUCCAUCAAGUGCUCCUCAUGCCGAAAAAAGUUAUUUGAAACCAAGCAAUUCUUAGACGGAGUUUCGGUAAGUAAAGGUAUGUGGUUUUACCAUGGGGGUUCAGGGAGACAGAUCCCCUGGCUAAGUAAUAUAUAGAUCGUAUUCUCUUAAAGCCACGGGGGCUAGCGAAUAUAUAGAUAGUAGUGUGUAAAUCCCACAGGGUUAAGGUUAGCUUUGUUUAUUGGUUAGGAUGCUAGUACGAUUCCCACAAGGUAUCUGGAUUAUGUGAAAUCCCGUAGAUUCUUACCGAACGACGGGUAUGAUAAGUUCUUUUUUUUUUUCUUCGAACGUUGACGCGUCUGUCCGAAGAAUUUUAAAGAUUGCCGUAGAGUUUCAUUAGGCAAUUUUAAGCGUUUUUCUGUGCUUGUUUUUACACAUUUCUGGUCUCUAUUUGUUUCAACUUGUUUUACCCCGUAAUUUCCCUGAUCUAUUCCAUGCCCUCCCCAGGUAUGAGAAAUUAACCAAAAUGGUUUAGUACGAAUAGUCCCAUCAUCAUUUUUCUGUUAUGACAUACCUUUAUUUGCUUAUCAAGUGACAAAAUUUCAUAGAUAGGUAAAUAGAUAAUUAUGUAAAUAUAUAACUGUUAUCUGAUUAUGUUUACUAAUACGAAAAAAAACCCUUUAAUAUU